AUGCAGCGGCGGCCAACCAAACAAGCUUCCUACGAGCUCUGCAAUCACGCGAAAGCCUAUCUUGAGGGCGCGCAAUAUGCAAGCGGUUAUGACUUCUUGUACAGUCUUCUGGCUGCUGGGACCUCCAUCUCUACCCCCGCACAGCCGUACAUCGGCUUCCUCGCACCCCCCACAUAUCUCGCUUUCGCGUCAUCAUUAGUCGUAUAUCCCCGAGCAACAACCAAGACACACUCUAAAGACGCUAAGAAGGGCAGCGAUGCCGCGUUGCGAUAUUUACGAUGUGUUCACUCCACAAUCGAUGGCCCCGCAUAUCCCACCAUAAGGCAGGCCUUCCGGUUCCCAGAAGAGUAUUCUCGAAGGCGCGCUCGCAAUCAUCGCAGUGCCGCCACGAGCCUGUCUCCCAGAGCAGCUGACGAUGUUCAGCAUCUAGCUGGAGAUGCUGCGAAUGCAGAAAGUCUCUGGGCACAGGCUGAAGACUUCUGGCAGCUCAUCGGAUGGGCGUUCAAUUGCUCAAUACUGCACAAGAAACGCUGGGAUCGAUGGAAGCCAUGGCUUGGCAUAAUGUUGGAUUUCCUCGAAGCAGACUGGAAUUUUUGCCAGAGAAGAAGCAAGGAUGAAGUAGAUAGGGAUGUAAUAUUGCAGGAGAGUUUGUUAUGGCACUACAUCAUCGGCCAUACUGCCACCGUCAAUCGCGCGACCAGGCGCCGAAUCGUCAAAGCUGUAUAUGCGAAUGCGUCACCUGAGUCGCUGAAAGAUUUCACCGAGGUCUGGGAGAAAGAAACAGAAGGACCAAAGCGCAGGAAAGAAGAUGAGCAAUUUGGGAAAGUCGACUUCGAGACUGGCGACAUGGGCGGCUAUGACGAGGAUGAAGAGAUGCACGAUGUGGAGGAGGAGCCCACUGAUGACAAAGGUUCUGACGAAGACUGUGACGAAGAAGGACUGCGUGGGGCUAUUGAACAGCUAGGGGGCGCCGAUGCGAUCGGACUGCGACAACGGCUCAUAGCACUUCUCACCGAAGUCGCGCUGAGCUUACCAGACGAAUUCACGACCACAAGCGAUUUCUUUGAUAACGUACUAGAAGACUUCAUUCGUUUGCCGAGCACAACCUUCAAAGUCCUCAUCUCGACCUCCAAGCUAUCAGGCCUGCCGCACGUCGCAUUCUGCGCCAACCUUCUCUUGCCUUUAGUGAGCGGCAAGCUACCUAGCUUUCUCUACUACGAGCCUACUCAGCAACAACUGGAAACAAAUCUUCUCACACUUAAAGGCACAGCACAGAGUUUUGCAAUGAACUUCAAGAUAUCGCUAAUUCUGGAGCAAAUCUUCAUGUACAUGAUGAACCAGGAGACGGUCAAGGCUACGGAUGCCUUACGAGAGGCAAUGGAGCAGGGUAUUGAGGCAAGACAAGGCGUACAUGGUACAGGCAAGGGCAGAAAAGGCAAUGCCAAGGAAGAAUUACAGGCAAGGGCACUACUGGAGGCGUGCUCAGAGCGACUGCUUGGUAUGCUGGAGAUGCUGGAAAUGAAGGAGGGAAAGCCGGCGCAACCUUCCAACGUGACCAGCACAGAUGCGCCGUCCUUCUUGUCGUUCGGAACAGGGUCCCCGUUAUCGGAUGCUCCAAGCACUGAGACCGAUGGAGACGAUUGA